AUGGCGAGACACGAGAAUCUACCGGUGCCCAUUUACACUACCCUUGAACCCGUUUACGGAACCGAAUCCCAGCUGGAAGAAGCGGAGCUCCGAUUCAAUCAGUUGAAAUCCAAAUUCAUUGAAUUCUUCGGCCACUCCCCUGAUAUCUACGCCCGAUCACCAGGGAGGGUGAAUUUGAUUGGGGAGCACAUAGACUAUGAAGGCUAUUCAGUGUUGCCUAUGGCGAUCAGGCAAGAUACCAUUGUGGCAAUACGAAAACAUGACGUGGAUGAGGAUAAGGUUAUUCGCAUCGGGAAUGUGAAUUGUGAUAAGUACUCGAUGUGUACUUACCCUGUCGAUCCGGAACAGGAAAUUGAUUUGAAGAAUCACAAAUGGGGUCACUAUUUCAUUUGCGGGUAUAAAGGCUUCUACGAGUAUGCCAAAUCAAAAGGGAUGAGUGUUGGUGAACCCUUAGGACUUGAUAUCAUGGUUGAUGGCAUAGUUCCAACAGGGUCUGGACUAUCCAGCUCUGCAGCAUUUGUUUGCUCUUCUACAAUUGCCUUAAUGGCUGCAUUUGGUAUGAACUUCCCCAAGAAAGAACUUGCCCAACUUACUUGUGAAUGUGAAAGACACAUUGGCACCCAAUCCGGGGGAAUGGACCAGGCGAUCUCUGUGAUGGCUCAAUCGGGCUUUGCAGAGCUCAUCGAUUUUAACCCCAUUCGUGCAACUGACGUACGACUCCCUAGUGGUGGAACCUUUAUCAUAGCUCAUUCAUUGGCUGAAUCUCAGAAAGCCGUUACUGCUGCAACUAAUUACAAUAACAGAGUUGUUGAAUGCCGCUUAGCUGCUAUUGUACUAGCGAUAAAGCUUGGUAUGAAACCUCAAGAGGCGCUGAACACAAUCAAGACACUUUCAGAUGUUGAAGAACAGUGUGUAUCAUUUGCAUCUACUCAUGGAUCUUCUGACCCAAUCCUCGCUGUCAACGAAUUUUUGAACGAGGAACCAUAUAGUGCUGAAGAUAUCGAGAAAGUCACUGAAGAAAAGCUUGAAGCUAUUUUUUCCAAUUCUUCUUCUUCCUUGGACGUGCUAAGAGCAGCUAAGCAUUUUAAGUUGCACCAGAGAGCUGCUCAUGUGUACUCCGAAGCGAAGCGCGUACAUGCUUUCAAAGAUGCUGUAUCAUCAAAUUCAAGUGAAGAAGACACGCUGAAGCAGCUUGGUGACCUUAUGAAUGACAGCCACUAUAGCUGCAGCGUACUAUACGAGUGCAGCUGCCCGGAGUUGGAAGAACUUGUAAAGAUUUGUCGAGAUAAUGGUGCUUUUGGGGCAAGGCUUACAGGAGCUGGAUGGGGUGGUUGUGUUGUUGCCUUGGUGAAGGAGAAUGCCGUUCCCCAAUUUAUCCUGAACUUGAAGGAGCAGUUUUUUCAAUCAAGAAUCGACAGGGGGGUGAUCAAUAAGAAAGAUCUUGGCCUCUACAUUUUUGCAUCGAAGCCAUCAAGUGGUGCUGCCAUCGUCAAAUUUUAA